GGCAGGUGGCAUCUUGGGGCUUGGUUACCGGAACCGGGAACCCGUCCGAGACGAGACGAGACCGGUGUCGGAGCCUGCUACUGCUAGCCUGGGGUAACCGGGUAAGGCUUGGAGUUCGGAUUUGUUUCUACUUUCUACCAGGCUGCAGUCGUUACAGAAUAUCCCUUCUCUUUCCUACAGUCACCCUUGGCCUUGAGUUGACCCUACUUCUAACUCAACCCAAAUCCAUUUUAAAACCAACAGGCAACAGAAACCAACCAAUGGCGAUGGCCCUAUCCGGCUCUGCCCAUCUCACGACGGGCUUUCACCACCACCUCCGGCGCGUCGAAUUCCCAUUCAUUUCGCAUCUUACUACAGCGAAAGCACCUAGGCGGAUUGGACUUUCCUUCACCGUCUACGUCAGCAGCACCAAAACCAUGCCAGGUGGCCAACACAGCAGCGAUUCGUCGCUCGAGAUAAUCGGAGGGGCUCGCGACUCCCUUCUCCCCGUCUUCGAAUCUUUGCAGCACCCGUACCAUCCUUUCCCGUUGAUUGGAUGGAAUCGGCACGUCGAGACAAUCUUUGCUGCGUUCUUCCGUUCCCUCCCUGACGUCAGGUUCCGUCGGGAGUGUCUAAGAAUGAAAGACAAUGGUACUGUCGCCCUCGAUUGGGUAUCAGGCGAUGACUGUCAGCUUCCAGCCGAAUCUCCUGUUCUCAUUUUACUGCCAGGUCUAACGGGAGGGAGCGGUGAUACUUACGUUCGGCACAUGCUCGUUCGAGCGAGGAAUAAAGGGUGGCGUGUUGUGGUGUUUAAUAGCCGUGGUUGUGGAGAUAGCCCAGUCACCACACGUCAGUUUUAUUCAGCAUCAUUCACAGAAGAUCUGCGUGAAGUGGUUAAACAUGUAGGAACUCGUUACAGGAAAGCCAAUUUAUAUGCAGCUGGUUGGUCUCUUGGAGCAAAUAUCCUUGUUCGAUAUUUGGGACAGGAAUUCCAUACUUGUGCUUUAUCUGGAGCAGUGUCCUUGUGUAAUCCUUUCAAUUUGGUCAUUGCUGAUGAGGAUUUUCGCAAGGGCUUCAACAUUGUUUAUGACAAAGCACUAGCAAGAUCUCUCCGCAAAAUAUUUGAGAAGCAUUCUCUCCUUUUCGAAGAUAUGGGCAGUGAAUAUAAUAUCCAAUUGGCUGCUAAUGCUAAAUCUGUCAAGGAGUUUGAUGAGGGGUUAACACGAGUUUCAUUUGGUUUCAUGUCAGCUGAUGACUAUUACUGUAAUUCAAGCAGUUCAGAUUCAAUAAAGCAUGUACAGACUCCCCUGUUAUGCAUCCAGGCUGCUAAUGAUCCAAUUGCACCAUCUCGUGGAAUUCCUCGUGAAGAUAUCAAGGAAAACCCAAAUUGUUUGUUGAUAGUUACCCCCAAAGGUGGUCAUCUUGGGUGGGUAGCAGGGGCUGAAGCUCCGCUAGGAGCUCCUUGGACUGAUCCUGUAGUAAUGGAAUUUCUAGAGCAUCUCGAGAGAGGACGAACUGAUGCCUUUCCAUCUUGUAAUAAAUCAAAUGUUGUGCAACAUUCUUCAGAGGAAUUGCAGAUACUAGAAGUGUAGCAUGGAAAUCAGCUAUUAUUAUCAUUUCUGUUGUAAUGUUUAUUGUUUAUUUAUAUUUCCAAAUAUAUUCACGUAAGACAAAAACAAGCUCUGCUGGGGAUAACCAUGCAAAAUUGGCUAUGCAAUUGUAAUCAGAAUUUUAUAGAUGAUGAGAAGCUAAAAGAUGCUUUAACACCUUAAA